AUGAGCAAUGCAAAAUCAAUUGGCACACCAAUGAGCCCUUCCACAAAUCUAGACAAAGAUGAACAUGGUAUUCCUGUUGAUGAAACUAAAUAUCGUGGAAUGAUUGGAUCACUGCUGUAUCUGACAGCAAGUCGACUAGAUAUUAUGUUCAGCGUAUGUAUAUGUGCCAGGUUUCAGUCAGCUCCCAAGGAAUCACAUAUGACUGCGGUAAAAAGAAUCAUUCGAUAUCUCAUUGGGACUGUAUCUUAUGGAUUAUGGUACCCUCGCUCUAACUCUUUUAAAUUAGAAGGUUUUUCAGAUGCUGACCUUGCAGGUGAUAAGGAUGAUAGAAGCACAAGUGGUACAUCUCAAUUACUGGAAAAGGCAUUGAUAUCCUGGAACAGUAAAAAACAAGCAUCAGUCGCAUUGUCUACUACUGAAGCUAAAUACAUUGCUAUUGGACAAUGCUGCGCACAACUACUGUGGAUGUCUCAUCAACUGGACAAGCCCAUUUCUCAUGGAAGGGUUGUCGACCUUGACGACAUGGAAGCCCUCAAUUGCAAGGUCAAAGACCUUUUCAUUCAUCAAGGUUGGGUUAAGUUCUUCUCUAUUCCUCCGCCUAAGUGUCGUUGUUCUGGUUUUCCUAUGCUGUUUAAAAACACCUGGCCUGAUGACUUUGAAAUUUCCUUUGACCAAGCCAAAUAG